GACAAGGAGACCACGGCACCGUCUACUUCGAAGGAGAAUCAUAUCAAAGACAUCAAGGUGAAAAGAGAGAAAAAAGCUUCUUCUUCUUCUACUUCUUCUGCCAUUAAAAAAAAAGACGAGUCAACAGCAAACUGGUGGGAAACCCGGAUUGCAAACGCGACGACGAGCUUGAUGAAAAACCAGCCGAAAAAUCUGCUUUUAGAAGAACAAGAAGACGACGAGGAGAUGGAGAACGAGGGGUUUUACAAAAACCCAGAUAGUACAACAGCAGGCUCGACGGAGAACAAUUAUAACGGUAUAGCGUCGAUGAAAAGCUCCAAAUUCGGGAGCAACACCAGCAGUAGCUCUUCAUCCUCCUCUAGCAAAAGCCACAAGAAGUUCGAAGCGAAGUGGUUCCCGCAGCCGCAGGACGCCACUGGUGUGGAGAAAAAGAUGAAGGAAGACCAAGUGCAAAUUUACUGGCCCGGGGAUUUCGUACCAGUAACUACAGAGACCUUGGACAACAGCGCGACAACCGGAACGACCGGAACAACUACCAAACAAGCGAGCUCUUCGAAUAAAGUCUCGGAGAAAAAGCUAUCGUACGAAAAAAGUGUUUCACUGUAAGGAUUUUGCAAGUUUUGCAUCACAAGUUUGCUCUACACGACAGGGAAAACUUGCCAUGCGAGGUUGUCCUAUAGGGGAAAACACAGCUAAAAAUCGCCUGUCUUGCAUGUGUAGCAAGACAAAGACUUCCGAGAUACAUUUUCUGCAUUACAAGUUUACAGUGAAACAGUUUUUUCUUGCGAUAAAAACUGCACAAGUACUACAAACACUGGAUUCGGUAUCAAAGAAAAAAAGUUCGUCCCGAUCACUCAUGCGCAUUUUUGCAAUACAAAAUUGUUUGUCAUGCAUAAAAAUGCAUCACAGCCAAACUUCAUUAGGGAUUUCCCUAGUGUUUCUGCAAUACAGGGGAAAGCUGUGAUGCUAAAAAAAUUUGUAAUGCAAAACCCGCAAGUUAGUGACUGUGACAAACUUUUUUCUCUCCAUAUCCGGCACAAUGUGGAAUCCAAGUUCGAUGGGUAUUUAGAGGAGAGACCGGAAUACGGCUUUUUGUUAUGAACUGCAAAAGUAUCGUAUUCGUACUCGUAUAAAUUUAAAUGCAUCACAAAUUUCCUCAGCAUGAGAAAUAAAAUUUGUAAUGCUAAUUUGCCCGAAGAACAGGAUUUGUAAUGCAUGAUUACAAUACGAGUACGAUACUUUUGCACAGGAUACUUACUGCAGAACAUCAACUCCAACUGGCAGUACCAAAAGCUCUUACCGGUGCAGAAAUACGGUAUUGCGAUGAUCUUACGGGAAAGAUUCGACGUGAUAGGGAUUGCGAAAACGGGGAGCGGGAAAACUUUAGCGUUUCUUGUGCCCGGGAUUCUACAUCUGCUCGACAGCAUGAUCGGUGAGGAAGGCGGGGUUUUGAAGACCACGGUUGUGAAAACAAGCAAGAAGAGCAAGAAAAAGAAGGAAAAGGAACCUCCGACCGACGUAACCGCAGCGUCGACUACUGCAGCCGAGAAUGUCGAAGGCGAUAGUCAAGCUUUAGAGCGAACCGCCUCUGCAGCUUCUGCCUCCGCAACAGAAGUUCUUCGACCGAAGCUGAACACCUGCACUCUCGACAACCAGAAGAUGCUCGUUCUCGCUCCCACCAGAGAACUGGCAAAGCAGAUCGAGGGCGUUGCGAAUCGGGUUGUGGGGUUCGGGAAAAAUGCCUUUGGCUUGAAGACGGCUAUUGCGGUGGGUGGAGAAUUGAAAGAGGGACAGCUGAGUAUGGAAGCAAGAAAAUGCGCUUAAAAAAUUUAGAACGGUAUAAUUUGUCGUGUAGUUGCGGACAUCUUUGCAAUUGAUGAAAUAACGUUAGCAAAUCGCACGAUUUUACUUCACAUCUGUUGUUGGCAUGGCAAAUUCAAAUACCGUUUCACAUAGAAGUUUUUUCGUUUCCAUACCAGAUCAGAUGGCAAAAGCGAACAUUUGGGUGGCGACACCAGGUACAGAUGUUUGAUGUAGUACUUCUCGCCAGUUGUGAUGCACACCACCCAUUCCUCCAAAAACUUUUCUCAUGCUCAACACCCAACUACAACAAAAACAAAUUUUGCUUAGAAAACAUGAUAAUGUCGAUUCUCAGGUCGCCUUAUCGACUACCUGUCUCACGAAGACGACGUUGCGGACGAAAUCGGCUAUGACCCGCUCAGGUGUUACAAUCUCAAGCCGCGUUACAAUAGCGUCUGGAUUUUGUAUUGCAUAAUGAGCAUGGCAGACUCCCAGAGCGUCCCGCUUCAGCGAUACAAAUUUCGCCAGAUUUCUAGUGCGUUUUGGGGCUCCGAAACUUGUCUUGCGUAAUCCUAUGACAGCGGGCUAGAUAAUGCACUUCUUGCAUCACAGAUUUCCAUAUUCUAUUGUAAACGUUUAAGAUUGCAACACUUGAGCGGGUUAUAUCGGCACAGUCACCUUCCUCGUCCUAGACGAAGCGGACCGGAUGCUAGAUAUGGGCUUCGACGGCCAAGUGAAACAGAUCACCCGUUGUACCAGCACAGAAAGACGCACCAUGCUCUUCACUGCGACCUGGCCGCUAGACGUGCAGAAACUCGCUUCGACGCUGUGCUAUCGGAAGCAAGCGU